GUAGAGCGAUGGCUGAGCCGAGACUCGGAGCCGAGCUGGCUUCACCAUUCCCAAUAGCUACAGAACCUCAGAAACCCCGCCCAAGAAAAGUGCCAGAGCUGCCAAUCUUGGAGAGAAGGAACUGGCUGAUACACCUGCACUAUAUCCGCAAAGAUUAUGAUGCAUGUAAGAUUGCUAUCAAAGAGCAACUCCACGAGACUCAGGGAAUGUGUGAAUAUGCAGUCUAUGUUCAAGCCUUGAUACUUCGUUUAGAAGGGAAGAUUCAAGAAUCCCUAGAACUUUUUCAGACAUGUUCCAUUCUAAAUCCUCAGAGUGCUGACAACCUCAAACAGGUGGCGCGAUCAUUGUUUCUGUUGGGAAAACACAAAGCAGCUAUUGAAGUAUACAAUGAAGCAGCUAAACUCAACCAGAAGGAUUGGGAGAUCUGCCACAACCUGGGCGUGUGCUACAUGUACCUGAAGCAUUUCAACAAGGCGAAAGACCAGCUGAAUGAUGCCUUGAAGCUCAACAGGCAUGAUCUGACAUACAUGAUGCUGGGAAAAAUUCACCUGCUGCAAGGGGAGACCGACAAAGCCAUCGAAGUCUAUAAGAAAGCAGUGGAGUUUUCUCCAGAAAACACAGAGCUCCUUACGACCCUGGGUUUACUCUAUUUGCAGCUUGGGGUUUAUCAGAAGGCAUUUGAACAUCUUGGAAAUGCACUUACAUAUGAUCCCACCAAUUAUAAGGCUAUCUUGGCAGCUGGCAGUAUGAUGCAGACUCACGGUGAUUUUGAUGUAGCCCUCACCAAGUACAGGGUAGUAGCCUACACCAUGCCUGAAAGCCCCCCAUUAUGGAACAACAUUGGAAUGUGCUUCUUCGGCAAGAAGAAAUACGUGGCAGCUAUUAGUUGCCUGAAGCGAGCCAAUUAUUUAGCUCCCUUUGACUGGAAGAUUCUGUACAAUUUGGGGCUAGUCCACCUGACAAUGCAGCAGUAUGCAUCUGCUUUCCACUUUCUCAGCGCCGCUGUCAACUUCCAGCCCCGGAUGGGAGAGCUCUACAUGCUCCUGGCAGUGGCUCUGACAAACCUCGAAGAUGCUGAGAAUGCUAAACGAUCCUAUGAGCAAGCUGUAGCGCUGGACCAGUGUAAUCCCCUGGUCAAUCUGAACUACGCUGUGCUGCUCUACAACCAGGGGGAUAAGAAGGGAGCACUAUGCCAAUACCACGAGAUGGAGAAGAAGGUCAAUGCCCUGAAGGAGAACAGCGCUCUCGACUUUGAUCCUGAGAUGGUGGAUGUGGCCCAGAAGGUGGGAGCUGCCCUGCAGGCGGGGGAGAGUCUGGUCUGGACUAAACCCGUCAAAGAUUCCAAAUCAAAGCAGCGAGCCGCUACAUCUAGCAAACCCUCCAGCACUCAGCAACCUCUGGGCUCUAACCAAGCCCUGGGUCAGGCCAUGUCUUCAGCAGCUGGGUAUGGGAAGACUAUGCAGCUUUCUACAGGUGCUGGAGCAUCGGCUCCCCUUGCAAAGCCCCCGUCGCUGCCUCUGGAACCUGAACCGGGCUCAGAAACAGGCCCUGAAGAGACCAUAUCCCCUACAGAGCCCCAAGAAUGGAGAAAAGAGAAGCGCAAAAGCAGGCUGACCACAGAAUAGAACAGCAGCACUGGACGGGCUGGGCAGGCGCGGGGCCUGCUGGGCUGUUGGGAGCAAAAUUUCACUGCCACCCCUUAACUCAAGCAGCGGGGAAGGGCAGCUGCCCCCAGCAUGGCCUGCAGUGACUUCACCAUACUGUGAGCUUAGGCAAAAUGCAGCUGGAUGCCGAUAGUGACAUUAGCACCUGACCUCAUCCUUGUCUCAGUGAUUCUUUGCUCCAUGGCACCCAGAAGAGGUUCUGAUGAGCUGCCCACUAGUGCUGCUGUGGGACUGCAUGAGGUAAUGGAGGUGCAAUCCCCUCCUUCCUUGAGGGAGGGGCUGCUGUAGCAUUGCACACAGUGCUUAGGUGCUGAAUCACUGAGAUGGGCUGAGUCAGCAGCAUGGUUUAGCGAGGCCAACUACAGUGACUAUACAGCUUUUAAAGCAGUUGCUUGGACCAAUUCUCUAAAUAGAGCCCAGAGAGGAUCAUGCCCCUUUAAGCAAGUAAGCCUUUUAGCUGGCUCAGAGAAAGCUCUACUAGCCCCCUGUAGUAAGGUCAGUGGAAGAACUGGAGGAGGGGAGAAGCUAGAAAAAUUAACAGGACAAGUGAGUGGAAGCCAGAUCAGUCCAAGGAGUGAAACAACCCUAAAUGCAGGCCUGGAGGAGGGGCACCAGUUCAGGCCAUGCUCAUUGAAGAUAAUGUGAGAGGCUACUCUGCAUUGCUCAGAGGGAGAUGUGUGCAACCUGCAUGCCUGUUUACCAAAGCCCAGCCUCUCAUCGGGGUUGUCCAAAAACCGGGGGAAAGCAUUUCCAGCCCCCUUUCCUCAGGCAGCUAGCUGCAAGGCCGCCUGCCCUAGGUUGGGAGAGGAACUCCCUCCCUCAGAGCUGUUUGCAGUGCUGUCAGUCCUGCAAGGUAGAGGUGACAGGGAUUGGGAGGGAGCAAACUUCUCUGUAAUAGACUCACCCUUCAGCCAGUAGCAAAUGAAAGGAGAUUGGACUUUCAUCCACAAUGUAAGUCUCUUGCUGGUUUCACUCCAGGGCGCUCUGGCUGGCAGAGCAGAGUUACGGCAGGCAAGGGGCACUUUGAUACCCUACUAACACGCUGCCUCAGUUUGGUGGGAGUUUUAAGAGUGUGGAGUAAUUUGCCUUCAAUGUCCAGCUCUCCUGGAAGUUACUAGCACCUUGAGUUGGCUGAUUUCUCUGUUAGUUCUAGUGGUGACAGGCUGGAACCGAUUCCAUUCCCACAGUCACUAAGUGAGAAGGGACAGGCUGACAGAGCCAAACAGAAUUGGAAAGAGUGGCUACUUUCACUUCUGCCUUUUCCAGCAUCCCUGGGGAAGUUACAGCUGUAACCUCUUUUGGGAACUUACACCCGAGGAGAGUUCUCUUCCUGAAACGUAGACUCACGGCUUCAGGAAAGCUGGGAGGUAGCAGGCACGAGGAUGUGUUGGAACUGAGAAUUAGCCUGAUUCCUUAGGGUCACUUACCUUCUGAUCCCCUCCCUCCCCCAUAAGUUAAAUCCUGUUGACACUAACUGGUCUAAUUUUAAUAAAGCCAUUGAGGUUGGACAACCUGGGUAGUGACCGUCUCUACAGUUCCAUCAGUUCCAACCCUUUCCAGACUCGACUGCAGCCCACAAGGGAGAACUGGCACCUUGUUUGUUUUUUAAACUUCAGUCCAUUCAGCCUGUACGUGCUGGGAGGGGAAAGAUUAUUACCACUAAAGAAAUGGCGGUAACCCAAAGCCCCUGUGCACUUGGGCUGUCUUGUUCUCCAGAAGUGAUGGAGAGGAGGGGACCAUAUUAAGGGCUUCUCAAAUACAGCCCUUUGUGGUAAUCAGUAGUGCUCAAGAAAGUAGCAUAGUUAGCCUGAGCCAGGGCUGUUGCUGGGACAACCUGACUGAGGAAGCUUAUUUGGCAAAGACCACACAGCAAGAUCCUCAAUGUGCUCCCUUCCCCACAAGGGUGAGAGCAGGGUCUAGGCUUUGCAUUUCAUAACUUGCCGCUAGUUAUACCAAUUCGGUCAUUUAAAGUUUCCUGUUGCUAAGAUAGCUCUCACCUUUUGAACAAUGUAGCUAUUGUCAACUUUACCCCAGCCUGGCAGGGAAAACUCUUCCCCAGCAGCUGCAGCUAGGCUAAGCACCUCACACUUGAAUGGCACCAUAUGAGGCUGUUUUCCUUCUGAGUUAAGAGACUAGUUAAACUAAAGGUUAGGCUAAAGGUUAGGCCAGUUUCUCUGCCCUUCACCCACUAACAGUUUGUAUCUCCUAGCUGAACACUCCAGCCAAAAAAACCUGCUUUUUCAACGUAAAACAGAACCACCGCCAUCCACAUAAAAUGUCAGGAUGGUGUAGACCUUGUCCACCUUGCCCCAUAGUGAUUGCGAUCACUCUAAUCACGGCUCAAGCCCCUAAUACGCCUUAAGCCACCGAAUUAAAAACUUGUGCAAGGAACCUUUCGUUAGUGUUGUAGGAACCUACAGCGUGUUUCACAGGUUUUCUGUACCUACAGCUCCCACUGCUGUCAGUCUAGCAGGUGCUCAGACCUCUGAAAGCUAGCCUAGGCAUCAUUUACAAGUCUGAUUUUAGCUGUAUUAUGGGAUAACGACGUUCAAGUUGCAUCAGUGUUAUUUUGCAUAAUCAACAAGAGAAGGCAGUUAACCUUACCAGAUCCUUAGUUUAGUCACCGAAUGCCUGGUGCAAUGUGGGCCAGGUUCUGGGAAUAACAGCAGCCCCCUGUUGUACGUUCCGAUUAGCUACGAUUGUGCAAAAUGACACUAAUGCAAUUUUAAGGUUAUUAAAGCGCAAUCAGGAACCAAAGUUAAUGUAUUUUGGGGGUUUAGCUGACAAAUGGCUGAUGAGAUCUUGAUCUAGUAAACACACUAAAUGAACAGCAACAGUUCACAAUUUUUGGUUUGUAACCAAAGUGCCCUGUUUAAACUACUCGAUCA